AUGUCGGUCCGAGAAGACGAGAACACUCCCGCCACAGCAGCGUUACGAGCCGAGCUGAAGAAGUGGGAAAAUGCCUUCCGAGAUGCACGCGGCCGGAAACCAGCACGCGCCGACAUCAAGGCCGACGCGAAUAUAGGUAAGGAGGAAGGACAUUGGCAACGAGUACGCGUUUUAAUAGAUGUGCAAGCUGCAAAGUACAAACUGUUCGAUCGACUUGCUGGACGCAAAGCUGCCGCGCCUCCGCCUCCACCAGCUCCCGCGGCGACGCCGAAGAAGAGCACGCGACACAGCGAGCCUAUAGAGAAUGCGAAGAGCAAGUUGUCAGCUACACCUCGAAAGACACCUUCGAAGACGAAGCACAAUACUCUGAAGUCUACAGUGUUGUCGCCUGUACAAGAGGUUGAGCCUACACCUGCUUUCAUUCGCAAUGCACUUGGUCCAACGCCGCAGAAGGAUGGGCAGGUUCUGGGUAUUUUCGACAUCGACUCGGGUCCAACACCUUCCAAGGUCGAGAACACGGCCACUGCUGGGCUCGACACCGUCGUAGCUGGUACUCCGAGCAAAGCAGCAGCGGAACCCAUCGACCAGAGAUUUUCUAGGACCCCUCAAUCCGUCAGCAAGCGCUACUAUCUCGACGCAUUCGCCGGCACUCCUCUGAAACGGAAGCGGGAGACGGAGGAUGUAGGCACAACGAGUAGUUCGAAGAGGAAGUAUGCUACACCUUCUUUUCUUCGACGAAGCUUUCCGUUAGCAUUGAUCGACGAGGAGGAUGCGGAAUCAACGGCGGCGUCCAGGCCUCCUUUCAGGAAGCGAGGUCUAGUGAGAAGUUUGAGCAGUAUCAUCCAAGGGCUGAAGAAGCAAGAAGAGGAGCGAAUGGAUGACGAAUGGGAUGUCAUGAAUGAGAUUGAAGAAGAGGAAACCCGACCGCAGAAGAAAAAAGUGCCGAAGCUUCUGGUAGGAGACAGUCAGGCUACAGAGAUGCCAUUGGGACCAGAUCGAGCGCCCGAGUCCGACGAUGAGGAUUCAUCGGCCGGGAAUGAAAACCAGACACGGAAGCCGUGGAAGAAGAAGGGACUCAAGAGGCAGACGAGGCGUGUCAUUAUGAGACCUGUCUUUCACAAAGCGAAGAAGGCCGAUGAUUUGGAAGAAGAUGAAGAGGAGGAGGAGCAAGCUGUGCCAGAGACCCAGCCGCAAGAUGCUCCGACUAGGCAGGCUGACGAUGCCGAGGAUUCUGAGCUCGACGCGGAUGAACUCGCGGCAGAGCACGAGGCAUUGUCGAAGGACAAGUUGACCAAGAAGAAGAAGCAAUCCAAGAAAGACUUGAAGAAGAAGGAUGACAAGAACGACACCGCCAAGACGAAAACGCGAAAGGUCAACCCGGAGGCACAUGCCAACUUUCGAAAACUCAAGAUCAAGAACAAGAAUUCAAAGGCAAACGGUAGAGGUAGAAAGUUUGGCAGAAGAUGA